GUUGAAGAUUUUUAGCUACCGAGAAAAACCUUUAUGUAUUAAUUCAUGUUCAUUAAUUAUUUUGCAGCAUAAUUGAUGGUGAUUUCGAGCGGGCUUUCCCCUCUUCCCGUGAUCCCGGACAAGACCAUGUCACCGAUCGCUACCACAUUGUUCAGAGUCCAUUCACUGUCAAUGUAGUGCGUUCUUUUGAAUGCAGUCGUGAACAUCCAUUUUCCUAUUGGUAAGAUGAUGACACUUACUCCAAGCAAUUUGUCCUCCUUCCCGGGAGGGAACCAGACAAUGGAAACUACGACCAAGAGCAGCGCGGCUCGGCCUUCGAUGUUUAGAAAAUCGUUAUCGGUUCGCUCGUUGUCGUCACAGUCGAAUGCUUUAGUGAAACAGAAAGGAGCAUUCACCGUUCAGAGAUCCAAACGAAUCGAGCCUUCUUCAGAGGUAAACAGAAUCGGUAUCAGUGAACAAGGUUUUUCCUGUCAACGAGAAACGGAGAAACGCCCGGUCACAAGGCCACCCGACUAUGAGGGCAGCCUGGUUGGGAACAAAACCACGACAUCACGCCGCUCUUUUCUUCGAAUGAAUAUGUAUGCACACAGUCAAAGCGCUACUAAUCUGAUCCCAAAGGAGAAAUCAUUUCAGCGAUCUUCUUCCUGUAGGUCCGUGGUGUCGAAACAAACAAAAAGUAGCGAUUGUGUAAUGAAGGCAAAGCUUCGAAGUACGAGAGGCACAUAUGGGACUGGCGAACAACAAAACUCGAUUGGAAAACAAAGCAAAGGUGAUGUUCGCAACGCUUUUAAAACAAUGCUCGACCGGCCCAGCCAUCUGCAAGGAGACAGCGGCUUGCCUAAGUCUACAGCUUUGGCAAUGCCUGCGAUUUUGAUCGAAACAAGUGACGUCGGGGAAGAAGGCACAGACUUAGGGGACUCGUUUUUCCAAUGUGUUGGUAACGAAGGUUCAACCAAAGAUUGUAUGGAAAGAGAAUCGAGAUACUCGACUGUUGCACCGGUCACGGCCUUCUCUGACCAUAACAAACCCAUUCCAGAAACCAAGAUGCGGAAAAUGUUGAAGAAAGCUCUUUCAAUAAAUUGGACUCGGAAUCUAGCUCCAAAGCAACAAGGACCUGCAGAAGAUGAGAAGAACACAGAAGCAGCCCACGCCAACCCGAAUUCUGAAUCGCGCAAGAAAUGUCCUCCUCAGACUAGUACCAGUCGUCGACCUCAUUUGAGAAAGAGCUCAUCAAUUCGAGCUAGGAAAGAGAAGUCAUUUGCUGCGAUAAUCUUGGGAAAUGAGGAGUUAUCUACAAAACCGAGUCAGCUAUUUCCAUCAAAGCCACGGUCGCUAACGCAAAGAAGACAACACCAAAACCAGUCUGAUGCGCGUCGACAAGUAAGCGUCAAUUCCGGGUACGACUCCUUCAAAAAAUUGCCAAGCACUCCUCAUCUUACCAGUUUUCGAGAAAGUGAUUUGACAUUGCCCGUGUCCGAUAGAAUGGGCUCCAAACUAUCUGAAUCGGGAAAAACUAAACCAUCCCGUGAGCCAUCGACCGACGAUCUUUUGCAAAUUACCCCCGCCGGCGAAGCACGAACAGCCUUGAUGAGGCGCCCCAAGGGCAAAAGAUUUUUCCAGCUUAAUCAAAUGCCAAACGAAUCUGAUCUAUGUACAACCUCAAGAACUGGAGGAGUGCACGUCAACAUAGAAGUGAUUUGUCAACUCUGUGACCAGGAGGGGCACAGCGCCAAGCAUUGUUUUCUGCUCCAUCCGUUUAAAGCCAAACCAAUGGGCCCUGCUACUGUUUCAGACCUUCAUGUUGAGGCGGAAAACGCAACUCCAGAAAUCCUGCGGUUUGCUGCCGAAGAUGCUGUAAAAAACCAACAGUCGGCGGAUACAAAGACUUCAAGAGGUAGAACAAAGAGAAAAACUCGACAUUUAGGACAGCCUUUGCCUGGUUAUGAUUCACCACCACAGAUGAGUGUAGAGCUUGGAAUUUUGCAGCAAGGUCUAAAGAAGGAAUCAUCGGAAAGACCUGACUCUGAGAAACUUUCGCUGGGAAAGGACAUCGUUUAUCAGCCCGUGCACGAAAGUGACACGACCGUCUUCCUUACUCCUCCGCUCCGGCGUCCCACCGGUGAACAUCUGUCAGAAAUGUAUGAAUGGCAGCAGGCGUUUCUGCCUCGGUAGGAGAAAUGGCGAAAAUUGAUUUACUGUUAGACAGUGAAUGAUAUGAAA